CAACUUAGCCACAUCCAAUUGUUGAGAGAGUUAAUUUCUUUAACUUUCAAAAUAUGGCCAAGUUUGGUGCAUCCUCAAUUGCCCUUGUUCUCACAUUGAACAUUCUUUUCUUCACUAUGGUUAGUUCCACUUAUGUCCCAUGUCCACCACCCCCACACCACAAAUCACACCCCAAACCCCACCCUACCCCUACCCCCACCCCCUCUACCCCCUCCACCCCAUCAUCAAAGGGAAAGUGCCCAAAGGACACACUAAAGCUAAAUGCUUGUGCCAAUUUGCUAAAUGACUUAGUGCACCUUGUUAUUGGAAGUAGCCCAGCCAAGACUAAAUGUUGCUCUUUAAUUCAUGGACUUGCUGAUCUUGAUGCUGCUGUUUGUCUUUGCACUGCCCUUAAAGCUAAUGUGUUGGGAAUUAAUCUAAAUGUUCCACUUUCCCUCAGCUUGUUACUCAACAAUUGUGGCAAAUAUGUCCCUAAGGACUUCCAAUGUGCAUAA